GGGCCGGGAGAAAGGGCUCCCGGGGCAUGGCCCUGGCCCAGGCUGCUACGGGGAGCGCGCCUCGUUGUAGUCCCCAAACUUAAGAGUACCGUGACGUCGCUGCAAAACUUUUCCUGAGCGUACCCCGGGAGGAGGAGAGGGAGCCCCGGCCGCCCACGUUGCGCUGCUCGAGCCGCCCGCUCCUCCCACGUUUGCUCUAGAGAAUGGAAACAGGAAACCCUCAGCUUUUUGGAAUUCGUGUUUGUGAUACCUGUAGUUUGCCGGAAGCCUUCCGUCCCAUGUAGGAAAGUGUGGUGCUGGCCGAGUAACUCCAGGGUCUGUCCCAGGGUGACUAGCAUGCAGAUACCCAUGCUCUGACUUGCUGCCCCUCUACUGACAUGGCCCACCGGGGUGGGGAGAGGGACUUCCAGACUUCAGCUCGUCGCAUGGGCACCUCACUGCUCUUCCAGCUUUCAGUGCACGAACGGGAACUGGACUUGGUUUUUCUGGACCAUAGCUAUGCCAAGCCAUGGAGUGCCCACCCAGAUGCCAGUAGUGCCCGCCCUACCCGCAUGCUCUUUGUUACUCCCCGGAGGCAGCACGAGAAUACCAUUGAAUCAGACGUCCCAAUAGAUGUGGAGACAGUCACAUCGACUCCCGUGCCACUCUAUGACAACCAGAAGGCGCGCAGCGUGAUGAAUGAGUGCGAAAGGCAUGUCAUCUUUGCCAGGACUGAUGCAGAUGCCCCUCCUCCACCAGAGGACUGGGAGGAGCAUGUCAACAGGACUGGCUGGACAAUGGCCCAGAACAAGCUAUUCAACAAGAUCCUCAAAGCCCUGCAGUCUGACCGACUUGCCCGCUUGGCCAAUGAAGGGGCUUGUAAUGAGCCAGUGCUACGCCGUGUAGCCGUGGACAAGUGUGCAAGGCGUGUGCGGCAGGCCCUGGCCAGUGUGAGCUGGGACACCAAGCUGAUCCAGUGGCUGCACACGACCCUGGUGGAGACCUUGAGUCUGCCCAUGCUGGCCGCCUACCUGGAUGCUUUGCAGACACUGAAAGGGAAGAUCCCGACCUUGAUUGACCGCAUGCUUGUGUCGUCCAACACGAAGACUGGGGCUGCAGGAGCUGAGGCCUUGUCACUGCUGCUGAAGAGGCCCUGGGACCCUGCUGUGGGGGUGCUUUCUCAUAACAAGCCAAGCAAACUCCCUGGCUCUCCUCUGAUCCUCAUCGCCUCCUCGGGCCCCUCCAGCUCUGCGUUCCCCACCUCACGCCGCCACCGCUUCUGGCAGUCUCAGCUGUCCUGCUUAGGCAAGGUCAUUCCUGUCGCCACCCAUCUGCUGAACAACGGCAGUGGGGUGGGCCUUCUGCAAUGCCUUGAGCAUAUGAUCGGGGCGGUGAGAAGCAAAGUAUUGGAGAUUCACAGCCAUUUCCCACACAAGCCCAUCAUCUUGAUCGGCUGGAACACAGGAGCUUUGGUGGCCUGUCAGGUGUCAGUCAUGGAGUAUGUCACUGCAGUUGUCUGCCUUGGGUUUCCUCUGCUCACCGUGGACGGCCCCCGAGGGGAUGUGGAUGAUCCCCUCUUGGAUAUGAAGACUCCAGUCCUCUUUGUCAUUGGUCAGAAUUCCCUGCAGUGUCACCCUGAAGCCAUGGAGGACUUCCGGGAGAAGAUCCGUGCUGAAAACAGCUUGGUGGUUGUUGGGGGAGCUGAUGACAAUCUCAGAAUAAGCAAAGCAAAGAAGAAAUCAGAAGGGUUGACUCAAAGCAUGGUGGACAGAUGUAUUCAGGAUGAGAUUGUGGACUUUCUGACGGGAGUGCUCACUCGCUCUGAGGGCCAUGUGGGCUCUGAGCCUCGGGAUCAGGAUGCUGAGAAGAAGAAGAAGCCCCGUGACGUGGCUCGAAGAGACCUGGCCUUUGAAGUCCCUGAGCGGGGCAGUCGACCUGCUUCCCCGGCCGCCAAGCUGCCCGCCUCACCCUCAGGCUCAGAGGAUUUCUCCAGUGUGUCCAGCAGCCCCACCUCCAGUCCCAAGACCAAAGUGACCACAGUGACCUCUGCUCAGAAGUCCAGCCAGAUCGGGAGCUCCCAGCUGCUGAAGAGACACGUGCAGCGGGCAGAAGCCAUGCUGACCCACAAACAAGCCCAGGCACAGUUUGCUGCUUUUCUGAAACAAAACAUGCUGGUGAGGAAAGCUCUUCCUCCUGGCGCCUCCUCCUGUCUCUUUGUUCCCAUUUCAUCAGAACCAGCAGAAGAAGCAGAGAAGGAGGAGCUCAGGGUUCAGCUGAAGAGGCAUCACCCCUCCAGCCCCCUUCCCGGCAGUAAGACCUCCAAGCGACCCAAGAUCAAGGUGUCCCUUAUUUCUCAGGGGGACACGGCUGGAGGGCCUUGUGUUGCUUCCCAGGGAGGAGCUCCAGAUGCGGCGGGCGGGAAGGCCAUCGCUGUGACGCUGGGGCAGGCGUCAGCAGGUGGACUGCUCCCCACAGCCAGGUCAAGUGCUUCUGAAGGUGUGGCGGCCAGCCCAGCCCCCUCAGUGGUCUCUGGAAGCACCACACCCAGCACCCUGCACACACUCCAGAGCCGCUUGGUGGCCACCUCUCCUGGCGGCUCCCUCCCAGGUGCCACAUCAGCCAGCAGCCUCCUGCAGGGCCUCAGCUUCAGCUUGCAGGACAUCAGCAGCAAGAGCUCUGGCUCCUCCGGGAACCCUGGCCUCCCUGGCCCUGGGCCAGCCCCACAGGCCGCCAGUGUGAAGUUGCCCACCCCCAUGCAGAGUCUGGGUGCCAUCACCACGGGCACCAGCACCAUUGUCCGUACCAUCCCUGUGGCCACCACCCUCUCCUCCUUGGGUGCCACUCCUGGUGGGAAGCCCACAGCCAUCCACCAGCUGCUGACCAAUGGGGGCCUUGCUAAGUUAGCAAGUAGCCUCCCUGGCCUGGCUCAGAUCUCUAACCAGGCAUCAGGCCUGAAGGUCCCCACCACCAUCACUCUCACUCUCCGUGGCCAGCCUAGCAGGAUCACCACGCUGAGUCCCAUGGGCUCAGGAGCAGCUCCGUCUGAGGAGGCCACCUCCCAGGUGCUGCCCUCCAGCUCCCAGCGCCUGCCUCCAGCCCCCUGAAGACGCCAAGCCACGCGUCCUCCUUACUAGGCUGGUGAUGGCUGCCCACAGUGGGCCUGGGCUAGUGCACGGUCCCGCUGAGCUGAGUGUCUGAAGACCCCUUGAAGAUGGUCAUUCUGCUGCUCCGCCAACUGUCAUCAGGGCUGGGCCUCUGAAUGUCGAGAAACCCUUAGGCCAUGCAGGGGAGCAGCAGCAUCUGGGACCUGCGAGCCCGGCUCCUGGGAUGCCCCCUUCUCAGCAGAUCUGGUCGGGUCUGGUCCAGGGCACUUCCUCCCCAGCUCGGCACAGCUGGACCUGGGUCUGUGUUCGCCACUCACUGCACUGUCACAGAGGAGGACACGGGAACCACUCUGGGCUGUAGGGUUAAGAGCAGGAGCCCGCAGUCAGUAAAGGACCAGCGGGGCUUGUCUUGGAUGUCACCUGCUAUGCUGAGCAGCCCUUGGAAUUGAGAAACCACCUCAGGGACUGAGCAGCCUGCUGGAGCCCUCGGCUUUCAGAGGUUUCAUGAUGAAGGCGAAGAGAACUGGGCCGUGUUGUCUUCCAGCCCCUUUGACCACUGUGGGAGCAGAAGUUGUCAAGGGGUGACAGCUGGCCCUUUGUCUUUUUCCCCAUGUGCUGGGCAGUUGCUGCGUCCAGAGAGCCUGCAGGUCCAGGAAGCAGCUGGCGGGGGCGCCAGAGAGCCCUGAGUGCAGAAGGCAUGGGCCUGGGCUCUGCAUCUGGCCAGAAUUGAGAAGCAGCAGCCCCAAGUUAGGGGGACCCUGAGGCCUGUCUGCAGCGCCUGGAGGUGAGGCAGGGACCACCAGCCACAGUAGCUAUGGUCAUGCCACUGCCCUGGAGGACGCUUGGGCAGCAGGGUGGCAAAGGCUGGGCUCCGGGAUUUCUAUUUCUGUUUCACACGAUGUUUUGUCUCCUGCUUGUAAGUGGAACGAUAGUGGCAGUGACUCUACUAGGCAGGGUUUCGAGUGCCAGCCUGAGCCCUGCUGAUCGUGCUCCCUGGGGAACUGGUGGCUGAAAAUGGAGCCCUGAGCCCCACCCUGCCUCUUCACGACACCGAGCAAAGGUAGUUUAUUAGUGUUUGACUUUGAACCUGGGCUCCAGAGAUGACUCCCUUCCCUUCCACACCUGAAAAGGUUGCCAGCCAGGGUGACUGUGUUUAGCCCUGGGCCCCGACCCCCGCCAGACCACCUAUGUUCAGUCCCAGGGCCUCAGAGCGGCCUGAGCAGCCGCCUUGAAGGAGAGCACGGUGUUCCUGCAGCCCAACCCUCCCUCCCUGUCUCAGCAGGGCAUCAAGGGGCGGGUGGCAUUUUGGCAUUAGCUGUAGGCAGCUGCUUUCUGGAGUACAGCAGGCAAUCUAGUAAAUUAAGGAAGGUGUGAGACCUGAGAGGCACCAAGGCUCAGGGUCUUGGUGGCUGUGUGGUGGGUCACAGCAUGCCAGAAGAGCAGAGCAUUAACACUGUGGACCUCCGCGACUCUUUGGGGACUCAUUUAGGACACACAGAAGGCCAUGGAUGACCCUUGUGACAGGUGAGCAGCCUGGACGAUGCUGGAGGGGCUGCUUCUGACUGAUGCUGGGACCAAAGACAAACUCAUAUGUUGUCCUACCUAUCUGGGGCAGCCCCGGGGCCACGACCUCAGAGGCAAUACUCAUGGUGGAAAACAUAGAAAGAUCAAGAAGCCUUUAUGUUCUUGGGUGACGGGUGUGUGUGGAUGUCCUGUGGAAGAUGUCCUUGGACUUUCAGGAGAGGUCACUGAGGGGCGAAGACCCUCUGUCACCCUUGGUCCCACUGCAGAACAGCCUUGGGCUGGGUGGGUUAGAGCCGAGCACUGGCAGAAACAAUUAAAAAACCCAGACCACCGUGGCUCACUUCA